UGAGAACCGCCGGGGCUGCUCAGUGUCCCCUAGCACCAGGCUUGGUCCCCCGGUCUCCCUUGGGGACAUCUGUCCACUGCCACCAGCUGAGAAGUGAUGGAGCAGGCACAGAGGAUGAGGGAGGCUGCAGAAAUCAGCUCCGCUCCCUCCUUCGGCGGGGAGACAGGGGUUAAACAUCUGUGCAUGAGGGAGGGCAGGAUUUAGGGAUAAUUCCCCAUCCUUGCGCUUUUUCCAAAGCAAACGAAAAGAAAAUUACUGCUUCCCCUCCGCUCACGGCUUUUCCCAGCCAGGGAGGGAUUAAACCACCACCACCACCAAAACCCCUGCACCCACCGUAGAGAAAAGCGUCCGCGUGGUUUCAAAUCUCCUGGGCUUUCUCGGAGGCAGAAAUCCAGGCUCCUCUCUCAUUCCCCCGCUGCAUUUCUUUAGCUUCUUGUUUGCAGAGUUGUGUUUCCCUCGGCUUUCAUGAUCGCCUCCUCCAGCAACAAGGAGGGAUAACUUGGUGGAAAACCCUAAUUUCUUGCUUGCCUGAUGCUGAUCCCUGAUGCCGAUCGGGCAACCAGCCCGGUGACCGCGCUCUCCUACCCGGGGGAUGCCCCGUCGCCCCAGAGAGACACCCCCCACCCCGCCUUCCCACGCUUCCCCGUGGUUGCGAUACUAUAAGCAUCCCCGCUGCUGCUGUUGCGAUCCCCCGGCAGAGUUUCUAGCGAGGCGAUUUUUAGGAGCCCUGAGUGAGGAACGGAGGGAGAAACCCUCGUUUUCCCAGCUGCCUGUGCCUCUCCCCACCAUGGAGCCAUGGGUGAUGCUGGACCCGCGGCAGAAAGCCCUGUACCGGGAUGUGAUGCAAGAGAGCUACGAAACGCUGAUGUCCCUCGCAGCACAGGGGCUGGUGAGUGAAAAAGCAGCGGAGGAAGGAGCGGUGGCAGAGAGCUGCGAGGAGCUCGAAGCAUGCUCAUCCCGCAGCCCGGAGAGGGAGAAGACCCUCGGUUCAAACAGACGGAAAACGAAACGCCCGGAUAAAGCCGUGCCGCACGGCACCACAAAGAUGCCCAAAGCUGCGGUGGUCCCCAAACUGGACUGUGCCAAACCCCUACGUGGGGCAGCCGGCAAGGGAACGGCAAGGGAGCGGCCAUUCGGCUGCACCGAUUGCGGCAAGAGCUUCCCGUGGGCGUCGCACUUGGAGCGGCACCGGCGGGUGCACACCGGCGAGCGGCCUUUUGGCUGCCCCGAGUGCGGCGAGACUUACAGCCAGAGCUCCCACCUCCUCCAGCAUCGCCGUACCCACGCCAGCGACCGGCCGCAUAAGUGCGGCGAUUGCGGCAAACGCUUUGCCGGCGCAGCCGAGCUGGCAGCACACGGUCGGGGCCACGCUGCCGAGAAACCCCACAAAUGCGGCGACUGCGGCAAGGGCUUUGUCUGGGCGUCCCACCUCGCCCGGCACCGGCGGGUGCACACGGGCGAGAAGCCGUACCGCUGCGCCGAGUGCGGCGAAGCCUUCAGCCAAGGCUCACACCUCGCCAAGCACCGCCGUAGCCACACUGGCGAGCGACCGCACCGCUGCCCAGCUUGCGGCAAGACCUUUUGCCAGAGCUCCGACCUGGCCCGUCACCGCCGCACCCACCUGGGCAAGAAAGCCCUGCGCUGCGGCGACUGCGGCAAGCUUUUCCGAGCUGGACCGGCACUGGCACGGCAUCAGCGGUGUCACCGACGGGAACGCGCCCACCGUUGCACCGAUUGCGGGAAGGGAUUCGUCUGGGCGUCCCACCUGGAGCGGCACCGGCGGGUGCACACGGGCGAACGGCCCUUUCCCUGCGGCAGCUGCGGCGAGCGUUUCGCCCAAAAAGCUCACCUCCUCCAGCACCGCAAAACCCACUCCCCUGACCGGCCCUAUAAAUGCGGCGACUGCGGCAAACGUUUCGGCGAGGCUCCCCCCUUCCUCGCCCAUCAGCGGGGUCACGCCGCCCAGAAGAGCUACACCUGUGGCGAGUGCGGCAAGGGCUUUGCUUGGGCAUCCCACCUUGAGCGGCAUCGCCGCGUCCACACCGGCGAGAAGCCCUAUGAGUGCCCCGAGUGCGGCGAAGCCUUCAGCCAGAGCUCCCACCUCACCAAACACCGCCGUAGCCACCUCCCCAAGGCCGUUUUCCCCCUCGCCCCCCAACCGCUGCCCCUCUCCAGGACGCGGCUGGCGGGGGAGAAGCCCCCCGGAGCCUGCAGCGGCGAGGAGCCCUGAAGGACCCAGACCCCUCAUCGGUGUGAUGGACGGGGAGGGAGGACCGUGCCCAAGGGAAAAUUCGGCUUGGGGACAAAUCGAAGGAUGCCAAGUGACAUUUAAGGGGCGGAGGGUGGCACCGGGGUGGGUGACGGGGGGUGGAUUUAUCCUUCGGUGAAUGGUGCCUGUGCCCUGCCGUGAAGGGGACCCCGGAAAGGGACGUUUUUGGGGAGAGGGAGCCUCUUCCCGAGGGAAGCGGUGCUCUUCUCCACCGGGAAAGGAUGGGGGGUGACCCGGGGCUGAUUCUCGUGCCAAAACACGGUGUCAUUCGUGCCCACUCCUUGCUGCCACCACGCUGGAGAAGGGGAUGCCGCCUUGCACCGAUGGAGAGGGCGAGACGCCGAGGGCGCGGUGGGCUCGGCGUGGGGCGAGGAAUAAAAAGGAGCCGCUGUGUCUGGCUCUCCUUGUGCACCA